CUACCACUAUUACUACCGUAUGGAGCGCGGCGCCAGCGGUAGUAGUCACCAUCACCAACAUGCUGCCGCCGCCUCCACCGCUGCUGCUGGCCACAGUUACAUGACCCACCACGGCGCCGGCCAAGCCACCGCCACCGCUGCUGACGUGGACUACGAGUACAAUACUCCGGGCAAGUCCUCCUUUGACAAUCCCGCCACCAAGAAGAAGCCACCCAAACUGAAAGCCAUCAGUCGUUCGCUCUCGAUGGCCAUUGACAAUUAUGCACCGCCAAUGGGUGGUGGCGGCACUGGUUCACCGCCCACGAUGAUAUUGGAUGACACAAUGAUUAUCGAACAGCCGCUGAUACAUCGUUCCGCCUCACCACUACCACUGCGCUCUGCACCACCGCAAACACUCGCGAUACCUGGGCAUAAGAUGCAUGGUGUCGGUGGCAGUGGGGAUGGUAGUCGUGCCGUUUCGCCAGCAUUGUCGGCGCGCCAACAACAUCACCAGCAACAACACAGCCUACACACGUUCCAGAGCAUGGCGGCGCAGGCUCGACACCAGAAACAGCAACAGCAACACCAUGCCAGCUCGACGAACUCACCCACUUCGCAUGCGGUUAGUCCGCUGCCACUGCGCGUGCCGUUGGCACACCAGCCGGACAUCUACUUGGUCAGCAGCAGUAGUCUGGGCGAAGAUAUGGGCGCACUAGGUGGUGGCGUACGGGGCGGCAGCAGUUCGCCCAUACAGUUCAUCGAUGACUAUAUGCUGCCGCCGUCGUCGUCGCAUCGACAUACGGUCAGCGCUACGCACCCGCUUAAAAAGAAUAUGUUUCGUCGCUCUGACACAAUUGACGUACACCCGGCUUCCACUUUUCAGAUGAAGAAAACCCACUCGUUUCACGCACAACAAGACUCCGCCGCCACAAUGGAUCAGAUGCUGCUCUCCGCUACGGCAGCCUCACAAGGCUCGUCAGCGUCCUCGAGUAGACGUACUAGUUCGGUGCGUGGCAAUUUUCUUAUGCCUGGACAUCCCAGCGGUGCUGGUGGCAGUAAAGAUUUAAGUCGUUCACCGUCGCCCAGUCGUCGAGGCUGUCGUUCUCAUCGCUCAUUCAACGAUCCAGGCCGACGGCCCAGCAUCAAGCCGGAGUCAGUAGUAGAUUCGCAAAUACGACAUCCAUCGCUUAAUGACGAGCUAAUGGAAUCGCUGGAGGGUCGUGCGGUCGCGUCACUAUUUCCGCAACAAACCCUCUCACUCGAAAACGAGCUCUUCGUAGAAUCACGUUCGCGCAGCAACAGCGGCACAAAGAUGGAGGAUAUCGGCAUGGAAGUGGCUGCGGCAAAACGCGCUGCCGCUGUAUUACUGGCACGCAAAACCUCAGGCUCCUUCGAAGAUGGUAGCGGCGCAGCUCUAAUAGCACACGGCGGCACACACCCGCCUUCCACCUCAUCAAGUAGCCUCAAGAAACGUGGCGAGCAUCCACACACGCGUCAACACAGCUCACAGAGCCUCGAAUUGGAUGGGCGUCCUUCCACUUCCGCGGCGGCCGCAGCUGCAGCAGCCGCAGCACACGGUCACUCGCCACAUGCGCUCCAGUUGCACAGCGCCGCUGCAGCUGCCACCGCGGCCUAUCAUUUCAAACGCGGCGCACAACACGGUCGCUCACUAUACCUAUCGCCGAACAACCUCGAAGAGCUGCAAGUGCACCAACGUCCGAGUGUGCUCGCCGCUGCGGCAGCUUUUCAAGGCACAAACGCCAGCGCUAGCACCAAGCAAGCUAAGGCACUACAUAGCGCCAGCAUGCGUCUACGCACAUACCGCGAAACACUCAGUGCGACCAAGAAAUCAAAGAGUUUCAUUGGCGACAGCCCCUAUCCACCCACCGCCGUGACUGGUAAUGAGUUCGAGCUCACUUCACCCCACCGACGCAACAGUCGUCCAUUAUCAAGUGCGGUCGGCGGCACUGUGGAGGACAUCAAACGCAGUCCACGUCCAAUAGCGCUCACACCGACUUCCGCAGCGGCUGCGACCGCAUUUAUGGAGGAGAAGCGUCCAUCUUUCGAACGCAAGCCAUCGCUGACGUACGAACUCAGCGAUGCCGCUUUCGAGCAGGUGCUACGACCAUUCCAUCACAAAGUAGCCGGACGAAAGGCUUCAAUGAGUGGCGGCGGUACCCACAAGGCGGCGCUCAAAAAGAAAUCGCUCAGCGACGAAACAGACGAAGAUGAAGAGGCACAUCGAAAACGCAAACGUUUCACUUGUGCCGUGAUAACGAUAUUGCUAUGUUUAGUAUGCACCUGCGGGGUGGUCCUGCUGCUCACACUACCACCCUCCUCUACCAGUCCAACUUCGCAACAUCACGGACUGAGCAAGAAGAUCCAUACGCCCUCUCGAGAGACGCCGGUACAUUACAACGUACGUCAAGAAAGUGAACGCCUGCUUAAGGAGUCAUUGGAUCGUGCACGUUCCAACAAAAAUGCAACCGAAGCAGCAGCCCACCUAGCGCUACUACAAAUUCCAUAACACAACAGCGACUCGGCG